CAUGGAUGUUAAAGAAACCGUUGUAAUCAUAGUAGGUGCGGGUCCUUCCGGGCUUGCAACAGCAGCAUGUUUAAAAGCACAAUCAAUCCCUUACAUGAUUCUCGAAAGAGAAAAUUGUUUUGCUUCUUUAUGGAAGCACAAGUCGUAUGAUCGCCUCCAUCUUCAUCUGGCUAAACAGUUUUGUCAACUCCCUUUCAUGUCUUUUCCGAAAUCAUCUCCAACUUUUGUUCCCAAGAAGGAAUUCUUGCAAUACUUAGAUGAUUAUGUCACACAUUUUGCUAUAAAUCCUUUGUACCAAAGACUAGUUGUGUCCGCAUUUUACAAUGAAAGCUUGGGUAAGUGGAAUGUUAAGGCUACCAACGGUGUUUCUGGUGAGCUUGAGGAAUACAUCAGCAGGUUUUUGGUUGUGGCCACUGGAGUGACUUGUGAUGCUUAUAUACCCAAAGUUGAAGGGUUGAGUAAGUUUGCGGGGGAUGUGAUACAUUCAACUCAAUAUAAAUCCGGUGGUAUUUAUGAAAAUCAACAUGUCCUGGUUGUUGGCAGUGGAAAUUCUGGCAUGGAGAUCGCUUUUGAUCUUGCAAAUCAUGGUGCUAAAGCUUCAAUCGUUGUCAGAAGUCCGGUACAUGUUCUGUCAAGAGGAAUGGUGUACUGGGGGCUAAAGUUACUGAACUACUUUCCGUAUUACAUAGUCGACUCCUUGAUGGUGUUGCUUAGCAAGAUAAAGUACGGAGAUUUAAGCAAGUAUGGAAUCUGCAGGCCGCAAGAAGGACCCUUUUCAUUAAAAGUUAAGUAUGGUAAGUUUCCUGUUAUCGAUGUCGGGACAUGCAGCAAAAUCAAGUCUGGUGAGAUUCAGGUUUUGCCUGGAUUGAGAAGCAUAGGUGAGACUGAAGUGAUAUUUGAGGAUGGCAGGUCCUACCCAUUUGAUUCUAUCAUUUUUGCAACUGGCUUCACCAGAUCCACCAAGGCGUGGCUCAAGGGAGAUGAAUAUCUUCUCAACGAUGACGGGCUUCCAAAACCUGAAUUUCCGAACCACUGGAAGGGAGAGAAGGGAUUGUACUGUGUGGGACUGGCAAGAAGAGGCUUGUAUGGAGCUGCUAUGGAUGCUCAGAACGUGGCCAAUGAUAUCAACAACCUUGUUUGAUUUUUAUUAUGUUUUUUACUUUUGGUUUGAAUGGAGAAU